AUGGAAUAAUUUGUAUGCUAAGUUAAGUAUCCACCAACAGCUGGAACAGAAAGAGGAAGACCUUCAAAAAUUGAUUCAAGUUCAAAAUAUUUAGUUUAUUGCAUUUCAAAUAGUGUUAUUGUAAGAUAAUUAGAGGAUCUAUCAAAAUAUUCUGUAUUUGAUUAACAUAAAUUCGAUACAACAGCAGUUGCAAUUUCACCAAGUGGAAAUUUAUGUUGUUCUGGAGAUUCAAAAGGAUCUAUAAUAAUUUGGGAAUUAAACAUUCAGGUAACGUAAUGAAAGUAGUUUAGCCUCAUCCUGUAUUUAAGUAAUAUGAUGAUGUUUUAGGAGGACCAAUAAAAGAUAUUUGUUGGACAGGAGAUGGUGAGAGAUUAGCAAUAGUUGGAGAAGGCAAAACUUAUUUUGGCAGAACAAUACUAUUGGAAACUGGAAGUAGUGUAGGAGAAAUUAGUGGGGUGUCUUAAACUUUAAAUGCUUGUGCAAUGAAACCUUAAAGACCAUUUAGAUUGGCUUUAGGUGGAGAUGAAAGCCUUAUAUGUUGGUUUGAAGGACCUCCAUUUAAGUUUAAGAAGUCUAUUAAAUAACAUAAUAACAGCAUCUUUUCAAUUAAAUAUAACAAAUGUGGUGAUCACUUUGUUUCAGUAGGAGCUGAUAAGAAAGUAUUUUUAUAUGAAGGAAAGAAUGGAGAAGUUGUCAAAGAGAUUAGUACAGAUAGUCCUCAUACUCGAAGCAUAACAGGAGUUAGCUGGAUAAAUGAUACAUCAUUUAUAACAUCAUCAAAUGAUACAACCUUAAAAGUUUGGAAUUUUGAUGGAUUAAUAAAAACUCUAAAAAUUCCAAAUGCAUAAGAAAUUGAUGAUAUGUAAGUAGGAGUAACCAUAAGUGGAAAUGUAGUAUACUCAUUAUCGUUAACAGGUGUCUUAAAUGUUUGGAAUGAUCCAAUUAAUUUAGAAUAGGGACCAAGUAAAAGAUUUUUUGGCCAUAAUGCUCCUGUAGGCUAGAUUGCUGUUUAUGGAAAUAAACUUGUUACUGGUGAUAACAAUGGAAGAUUAUGUAAAUACAUUUAUUUAUUGUUGUAGUAAUUUGGGAUAAUCUCAUUUCCAUAAGACCUUAAGGAAUACAUCAUUCUAAACAAAUCAUUUCCCUUUCCAUUUCCUAAAAUUUACUGUAUUCAUUAGGAGGAGAAUAAAUCAAAUUAACUAAUUUAGAAACUAAUAUAAUUGAAAAAACAACAGAUUGCAAAGGUUUGACUCUCAAACUUCAAUCUAGUUAAUCUAAUCCUAAUAUAUGCUAUUUAUUAAUGGAAAAUGGGCUCAUAUUUGAAUUUACAAAUUUAGAACUUACUAGAGAAUAUUAAUUAGGUUAUGAAGUUAGUAGUUUUUUAUUGACUGAUUCAGUAUUUUUAAUUGGUGAUCUUAAAGGAAAGAUCCAUGCAGUAAACAUUGAAAGUGGCGUUGAAUAAUAAACCUUCUAAUUAUAAUAAACUAAAAUAACAGCCAUGGCAUUAUAAGGUGAUAGAUUCUUAUGUGGUGAUACAACAGGUAAAAUGAAACUUAUUGAUUAUAAAUAAAAUCAAGUUUUAUUUGGAGAUCGAUGGACACAUCAUACAACUAUUAUUUCUUCUUUAAGUUUUACUUCCUCUGGUAAAUUUGCAGUAUCAACAGGAUAUGAUAAUAAAAUUAUGGUUUGGAAUCUCUAAGAUGGUAAAAGACUUCUUGAAAAAAUAGGUAAGCUUUUAUUUUAAAUUUAGAUGCUCAUAAAAGAGGAGUAUUAACAGCUAUUAUCACUUAAGAUAAUAAAGUUAUAACCAGUGGAGGAGAUAAUUCUUUUAAAGAAUGGGUACUCAAUUUAGAAUGA